GCUGCAAGGAGUAUAAUUUUUAUGUGAUGAAAAGUUGUUGGUUCGCGGAAUUAUGAUGAUAUUAGUCUGUGCAUGCUGUCCUUUUUCUUCCCUUCUUAACUAUCAUUCUUCAUCGUGUAGAUGAAGUUGUUGUUGGUAGUAGCAGUAGAUGAGGAGGAUAGUAGAGUGUUGCUACUAGUAGUUGUCGUAGUAUACAUAUAGUUGUAUGUGAUCGAAUGAGGUGCAUCAAGAUCAUCAUCAUCAUCAUUGUUGUCGUCGUCGUGAACAUGGAUAACCCCAGCAUCAAUUUGCUGUUCUCUCUCUCGUGUGGUUGUAUUUUUUUAAGUAGUACUACUGGUAAUGAUGGAAUAACACUAUUAAUUCGAGGCCUCAGUGUUUGUCUAGACUUAACUAUUAUCGUCAGUAGCCGUAAUGAAGACUCUGCUGUGCUGCAGCGUGAUAAGAACAAUAAUAGUAGUGAUUGUUAUAUUUGUUGUUAUCGAUCUAAUGUAUUUGUUUCUGCAAGAAGGUGUGGAAAAGUGUCUUAGCUGGGUGUAGAACCUGAGACGAGAGAUGGUGCUUACCAUGUUUUCGGUGUUGCUGCUAUCGUCGCUCAUAUACACUAUUGCUGCUACUAUCACUUAUCAUUAUGGACGUUCGAGAGAGUGUAUUUACAAUGUUUUCCGCCAAGUUGCAUGCAUCGAAUAAGUUGUUGUAAUGGAAGUAUUAUCUAGUAACUUGACUAGCGAUCGUUGGUGUUGUUGAUGAGGUUGAUCCUCAGUUGUCGCAGCAGAGUGAGCAUUGUGACGAGUGUAUUAAUUUAGUUUUCUCCUCCGUUCGUCACUAUUCUUCGUUAUUCUAUUGCUGUUUCAAACUGAUCGUCAUGUAUAGCAGCUAGUAUGUAUCUGAGGCCAUUGAUAAAGAUCAAGUUCGUUGAAGCGUCUUGGUUUACUUGUUGUUGCUGGUGGUG